AUGGCCGAAUCAAAACGCCAGACACUUUCUCCCGGAAAAGAUGGAGUGGUCAACAAGAUCAGUAAUCUACCGGAAUCUCUUCUUUGCCACAUCCUCUCCUUCCUUCCAACCAAAGACUCAAUCGCCACAAGCAUUUUGUCAACCAGGUGGAAGCUCCUUUGGACUCUCGUCCCAAUGCUAGACCUCGACAGUGAUACGAUUAACACUUCGGAGCUUUCAGUUGAUGAUGAUGAUGAUGAUGAUGAAGAUGAUUAA